CGAUCUUUAGUCCACAUCAUUCCAAUAGUUCUAUCCCUAGUUUCUAACUCAACCAAUUCGGACAUUAUGCUGUUAGGCUAUUGGCCAAUACUUCAUUUCAUUGGAAAGCUUUUGCUCUCAAGCCGCAGAAGCUAAGAUAUUCAGCUACGCCUCUGUUUUGAAGAACGCCCUUCUCGGACUAUGGCUGCAUCAGGGGAUCCUUUAAAAAUCAUAUAUAAUGAGGUCCUGAGAUCUCUUCUGAGUCCUGACAGGACCUUCAACGCAUCCAAGGGAGGAAAGGAAGACAGAUAACAUCUACACGAUGGGUUCCCUAACUAUCUUCCACCAUGCAAUCCUCCUCAUAGGCCUGCUCUUGUCACCGGCAGUUUUCUCCUUCUCACUCGAAGGCCUUCCCAGAGAGGGCAAUUGGGAAGUAAGAUGCCCGAAUGCAUGCGAAGGCAUCACUUUCCAAAAUGAAAGUUAUGUCUGCGGCGACCCUCGACUUGGACCCGUCAUUCUUCCCAAGAAGUUCCCUCUAUCAACUGAACUUCGGAUGUACGCCCGUUUUGGAACCAUCUGUCCCAAACAAUUUCUAGAAAAAUGGGCCCCUGGUCCCAGCGACGCUUGGUACACCUACCCACCCGCCAAUGGCUUUGUGAUCGAUACGGAAAACCAGCCGAUUCUGGGUAACGCAACUCUGCCCGUUGGAGCAAAAGUUGACCGGUUCGGAUCUGAGUAUGGAAGCUUUUUGGCUCCGCUUGGAGCGCCAUAUAUUCAGCGCGCUCUUCCACCGUCAAACCUCAAUGCUGCCCCUGGUGCUGAUUACCCGUACAACUACCAUGUUUAUCAGGUCACGAAGGAAUUUGUUGUUGGAAUGGGUCCCAUUGCACCGUGGUUCGAGCAGCCUGGGGCUGGAACGCAGUAUGUGACGUACGAUAAGGUCAUUGAUUUGAUCAAUGGAGGUUUCCUGAGGAGGUUGACGGAGGAUGAAUAUGAUGAGAGACCUGAAUAUUCAGAUGACUAUACGCCUGGUCCGGGGAGUGCUCAAUAAAAAAAUAGAAGGAAAAAAAUGAAUCGGUAGUGUAUGCCUCAAAUACUAUAAAAAGGCGAGACUAUGUCUCUGCAACCAGUCCUGAAUUGUCGAUAAUACCAUUGCCGCCAGAUAACAACGUAAUGGUGCAAGAGUAGAGUAGGGGAUAUCUGUUUACUUUCAAUACUAGCUUCUUACGACUGCUCGAGGCUGAUAAGGCUGCUGCGUUGCCAGGUAAGAAUGCACCUCAG